GGCAGACAUCGCAAGACGAAUCGAUUUACGAAGAGAGCGACUGCAGAUUCCACUGUUUAUAAAGGGGUGAGGCCAAUCAUCAAACCCCCUUUCUCUUCACGGUACAAAUAUCGAACCGCUGUAUGUUUCGGAUGUUGCUAAAGGCGCCGCUAUAUUCUUCUCUCUAUUGAGGAAUCUCUAGAACGAGAUAUCCCCUACGAUUUAGUGGUGUCUACUAGAUGUUAACGGAGCCCCUAACUGUAAUGGAAACUCCCACGGAUCAGCCGUCCCUUCGUCCAGACGGAGGAUGACAUUGCGCUUGCUCAGUUGUUGCUUCACAUCUCUGCUUUUCCCAUCCACGUCCGCUGUCCGGGUUGGUUUGAUGGGGGGGAGGGCACAUCGCCAGCUGUCUCGACACGUUGGACGACCCGUCCUUUUUUGACUUCGCACGGGUCAAAGGUCGUGGUGACGCACGUGACUCACGCUAAAACAGUUUCAUGUCCGAUUAAACGGACGGCCAAUGAUCGAAUCUGCCUCUUUCAUCCCGGCAUCUCCACGGAUUUUAUUUGUCUACAGAUGGAAGGAUUUUUCGGAGCCGACGUCAUUAUCGUUCUCCUGUUUUCGGUCGGUGUAUGGAAAUUCACCAGAACUCGUAUCAGAUAUUACAGGGGGCCGAAGGAGCCUGCUGGCCAAACUACAGAACAAGCCACCGUUGAGGAACAUUCUCCUAGUCCCGUUAUCCAAUCCUAUCCAGGUGCAUUAGAAUUAGUCGAGUUCAAAAAAAUAAUCAGGCCUAUUAAAGAACGUGAAACGAGUCUGAUUAUCGAAUCCCCACCAAAGGAGAGUCCAGAAGCAACAAGUAGCAGAAGAAGAUCAUGUAGUGGGGGAAUUCAGAGACAAGCUUCAAUUUGUUUAUCGGAUGAAGAAAUCGAAGAAGGCAGCAGCAGCAAACCGUCUUCCGUAGUAGCUACCGAGUGGACAGAACUUAUAAAAUCAAAACAUGGAUCUGCGGAUUCUGUGAAUGCUCCAACGGUAAUCAGUCCUGAUUGGGAACAAGAGGGCACUCCUCCAAGGGACCAAACCAUCGUAGAAGCAGUUUCGACUGUUUCGGAAGUAGUGCAACUAGAAGAUUAUCAUUAUAGUAGACAACACGCACUGGAUCUUGUGUCGAGGGGAGCUUCGCUUCUUCACGAACGAUCAGUAUCUAGUUCGGACGUUACGGGAGAUACGGAAAGAUGGUUGGAACUUCCUCCUCCUCUUCGUCAAGCCAGCAGUACAGAGGGUGGCUUAUUAGAAGAGAUGCUAGAAUCUGAAAGGAAAAACAUUAAAAGCCGAGUUUGGCAUAGAGACGAGGAAUCUCCAAAGUUAAAAUUUCGUUACAAUGAUACGGGAAGCAGGGAGGAAUUGUUAGAAACGUCUCCCGGUUUAUCACCAAGUGACAGUGGAGAAACCGAAGGAGUGAGCGAAGUUACCGACAGCGAUCAAAUGAGGCAACAAUAUAGGCAAUUGUGGGAACUUAGGGCCACGCUAGAAGGAGAAGAAGAAUUAAGCGACACUCUUCGCGCAGACGACGACGAAGAGGAAGACGACGAAGUAACUUCGCCUGUCAAAUCGGGUGCUCAAUCUCAUACGACAUCUCUCGAAUCGGCGGGAGACGAUCCACCAGAUGUGAGUGUGGAAGAGGGUGAGAUGGAAGGUGAAGAAGUGACAAAUCAUUGGUUGCAACUGCCAUCGCACGAAUCGCGCAGGAGGAGCUAUAAAAACUUGUUGACUCGCCGAAUACAGAAAAGAACAGAUGGAAGUACGGAAACUAGUGCAGAUACGGAAGAAUCAUCGACAGACGCUAGCAGAGCUACGACAUCAGUAGAGUCAGCGACGGACAGCGCGGGCGAAGGACAGAAUCACAAAUUGCAACAAAUGAAAGCGGACAGCGGAUAUAAGUCGAUGGAAAGCACCGUUAAACCACCGAAGCAUUUAUUUCCGCAAAGUGGAGACAGUCAGGACAUCCUGGACAGUCAAAUGUCGCAGGACAGUGCCGUAUCAUUUAGGCUUUCCGAAGAUUUGUCUCAAAGUGUUGAACUCUACACGCCACAACCGGAAAAGGAAAUAGGGGUUCCCCACGUCACAACGGCGGAAUCACAAAUGGAAACUCCGAUGGAAGCCAAACGCGGUCGAUUUGCCUUGAGGAAGAGACGUCAUUACGGUGCUGUGGGCAGUGGGAAGAGGGACAUUAUUCUCACCGAAGCAGUUCAGACAAUAGAUCAUAGACCACCGUUGGCUGAACUGCACGGCACCAAAACGUCGCUGCUGCAACGUCUGUUCCCAAUGCGAUCGGAAAGGACCCGUUACGAUCGUCUAUUAUAUCGGGAUUACACUAUCGACGAGAAAUCCGAUACGCUCUUUCGGGAAUUUUCGUUACCCGAUCCUUCGUACGAAACGGAUCCUUAUCGCAUAAGAGCAUCUCGUACCUCUCGCAUAUACAGCCAUCGGUCACCCGAUGGUGGAAGUCCGCGUGUUCUUCGUAAAGUUUUAUCACCACAGCUGAGCAUCGAGGAAGAAGAUAGCGAAAGUGAUCCAGAAAAGAUCUUCACAUCUAGUGAAAUCCCGGCGAUACGUUUCUCUGAACAGAAAACGGAAUGAAAGAAGAAACAAUGGUGCUGCGCAGAAAGAAUCCGUGUAUAAUACAAACAUAAUUUCAGAACAUAUACUAUUUUAAAAACAAAACAAAAAAAUGCAUAUGAGGAAAAGAUGCGGUGGUUUAUGAUGCCUUAAGGAUAAUCUUUCUCUUUAUCUUUUUCUUUUCUUCUCGUAUCCAAUUAAGGGUACUCGAAUGUUGCAGACCAUAGCAAGAAAAGUUGACAAAUUUAUGUCUUCAGUUUAUUGUACGUCACAACACCGUUUUUUCGGUAAAUGCACACUUUUGAUAUCAGACACGUAAAUCAGGCAAAAUGUUAAUCCAUUCAUUUUAUUGUUGUUGAUAAUCCUAAAGUUUUCUACUCUUUGUGUCCUCUUUGCAACUAACUUCGUACCUGAUUGAAGAGGUUUUCGGGCGAUGCAUUCCACAUUUUCGAUGGUACUACACAAAUCCUGUUUCGGUUACUUUUUGUGCCUUUUGAAUGUUUAAAGCGAAAAAAAACGAUGAUUAUUAUUAUUUUAUUUUUUUCAAUUUGUUCCGUAAGACGUUUAUCUGUUUAAACCAGAGACUGUUUUUUCAGAAAGUGGAGCCGGUUGUUUAUAUAAUAUCAUUAUUUCCUCAGUUGUGUCGCUCAUGUUCUGCUUACACUUUGCUCGAAUUCUUCCAUGUCUCCACUGGUAUUGUCUGUGAUAUUGAAAGAUUGGCUCACAGAAUAAACAAGAGAAAUUUAUAUCAAAGAAACAAACAAUAGAUCAACUCACAACAUUGCAUUCGUGUCGACCAUACCGUUUGAGUUGAACCUUGCAAUCCGAGAAUACAUACAUACAUACACACACACGACAUACAGACACACACACAUACACUAUCAAGUUGAUUGCUUUAGAUGUUAAACCUAUAUACAAUAUAAUCAUCCCAUUAGUUUACCAAUUUUUAAUUUUUAUCUUCUUCGUCCAAAACAUCAUCUGUUCAUCCAUCAAUUGGGCCAGAUCGUUGCCGAUUCAGAUUUGUGAAAUUUUCUUCCUAAGAAUUAGAUCUGUACAAAGUUUCAAUCGAAAAAAAAAAGAGUAGAGUUAUAUAUGUUAAAGAACAUUUUAACGGUUUAAUAUUUAUAGCUGGUUAAGUUUUAUGAAU